UCCAAGGAAGAGCAAGAGGAAGAGAAGAAAAUUGAUGGCAACAAGAAGUUCACAUCGAUCAUCGAAAUGCUACAUGAGCGCAUUUUGCGUCACGCCAAACAGGCUAAGGCAAAAAAGUCCAAGAACAAAGAUGACAAGGAAGCGCAAAAGCCGAAGCCAGAGUUGGAACUGUUGCCAACGCCCGGUGCCGAGAGUGAGGCUCUGUUCAAUCGAAAGAAGAAGUCGCUUUUUUGAAACGGGAAUUUUCAAAUCACGAACCCGCACCGGGCAGAAGGUGAUGCAAAGCAAGGAAAUCAUCCGGGAGGUUUUCGGAGGCGAUGACGAAAGACCUCAAUCGGCACCGCCUUUGGCAUGUGUGCAAGAGCUGAAGAACGUCACGUACGAUGAAAUGUACAAUGAAAUGUUGACCAAGACUCGCACUGUGGCCGAGGAAAUGUUUCGCGCUCAAAAGAAAGCCGAAGAAGAGCGAGCGGUAGCAUCAGGAUCCGGCCAGUCAGCGAACAAGGUGAAAAUUGAAGACCUGGAUGAUGAGACCCAGGACAGUAUGGUGCUGAAAGAUUCCGAACGGGUAACCGAGGAAAAUGAUACGCCUUCGGUGGUCUCCGAGCGGGACCUUGCAACUCCGGUGUCGUUCAAAGGGAAGAAGAAGACCCACAAAAGCCGUCGCAAGGGGAGUUCUGGCUUCGACUACAUUCGGAAAAAGAAGAAACCUGUGGUGAAUAAUGGCGAGAACAGCACCCCGGUGGCGCCCAAGAAGAAGGUGGUGUCGGUUUUUGAGAACCUUGAAACGAAAGAUGAGUCGCACAUCAGCAAGGAGAUACGCAGUUGGGUGCUGAACAAGGGAGUCGGAGAGAGUGUCAUGCACAGAGCUGCAAGGCUCGGUUAUACGGAUGUGAUAGUAUACUGCUUGGAACGCCUGGAGAUGGAUCCGGACACCAAGGAUAACGCGGGAUACACUCCAUUACAUGAAGCGUGUGCCAAAGGACAUCUGGAUAUCUGCAAUUACUUGUUGCAGUACGGUGCAAGUCAUUCGGAACCCGCACCUUCCGGCAUGCGACCCCUGCAUGAAGCCGUAGAGAAUUCCUUCAUCGAAGUUGUUCGUCUGCUGCUGGCGUUCGGUGCCGAUCCGAUGCUUGCCACCUACGCCGGACAAACUCCGAUUCAGCUCGCGGAAAACAACGAGAUGGAGUUAUUUCUGAAGAACCAUUUGUACGACAUUCAAAGCACUAGCCCGAACAAGACCGGUUGGAAGCUGGAUGGACCGUGGAAGACUCAUGAUCCAGAGGAAAAUGGAUGCGACAUCUUGGCUGACAUUCCAGGCUUUUUUGGAGAUGACAAUUUCCUCAACACAUCCAGCGUUACCGAGCGAUCUGCGCUGAGCAGCUCUACGAACUCCACUGACACCCUAGACAGCAGACAAUCCUCAUUAAACCUUCCGCCACCACCACCACUAGCUCCACCAGCACUUCCACCGCCUCAAAUACCGCAACCGAUCCCGAAAAAGUGCGACUCAAACUCCAACAUCAUGAACUUCGAGGUCAAGAUGGAGUACAAGGACUGCGCAGUGGUGUUGAACGACAUCCACGAUCAGGCCGAGCCGAAACGAAACGGGAACAACAACAAUAACGAUCCACCAACCACGUACGUCAACGGGCAGCUUCGACCGGUGGAGGUCAAGGCCGAACCGUCCGAAGAGGUCGUCCCCAAUGGCGGAGAUCGGCUGUUCUCGAUGGACAGUGACCCCGAGAACGAUGACGAUGAGGACGACGACGGUGAGUUUGUGUUCGAGUACGAAGAAGCUGACCGACCGCUGCCGCCGUUGUAUCUGCUCAGGGAUGAAGCCGCCGGAGACAAGUGGGUGCUGAUGACGGAUUUGUGCAACUUUUUGAAGCUCAAGUCGAAAGAAGCCGUCAUGCGACAGAUCUGCUCCAACUCAUCGCCUGUCAACUCCAUCAACCAGACAACCGGACCCAACUCCAUCGGACCGGUUGCCAAUGUCACAACUGCCAACACCGCCGCAACACCCAACGGAACGACCAACACCGGCAGCACCGCCAACCGGGAACUGAUUCGGGAGCUGAAACUCGAAGACUUCCUGUCGCGGGCCAGCUGCCUCCAGUUGCUUUACGCCGGCGAAAAGCUCAACAUCAACUCCAACAAGGUUGUACUGGUCAAGUACAACGAGAACGUCCGCAAUCUGCUUCAGGUGCAAACGCUGGUGACCAAAAUCUAGAGGGAAUAAUUGACUGAACGAAGAAGCUGGACGAGGGACAGAGAACCGUAACGUAACAAACGAACAAGAGAAUAUGCCUUAAAUACGUAGAAGGGGGAUUGGGAAGGAGUUAGGAUGAAGGGAACCGAACGUGAUGAUAACGAGAUAGAGAAUCUGGAAACCAGAAGACUUGAAUUGCAAACAAACAGAAAAAGCAGAAAACGGAACAAAUCUUGCUCAGGUUACGAUGGGAAUUGUAGAAGAAGAAAUUACAGUGUUCUCUGCGCUUUUGAUUUGCCUACUGUUUUGUACGAACACAUCAUUUUGAUUCAGAAACACGCAGUUCUGCCGUACAUUGGUUGGGCCUAAUUUUGGGUCAGAGGAACCCAUAUUGGAGACUGAGUAGAAGUAACAGACACACAUACACACAAACAUUGCAACUAAACCAAGAAACAAUAGAAGACUCACCGAACUGAACUGAACGCCGGAACUCGCGCAAACGCAAAACCGUGCCUUCCGUACCGUGGCAACGGCAACACUUUUUUUUUUCGACAGCUUUGAUCAAUCGGUGUUGCCAAGGGCAAACGCGAGCAGAACAUCACACUCACACCAAACGUACUUUCUAAUCGUCCGUUUGUGUAGUUGUUUAACUAGCAUUUUUGAAUGAUUUUUUCUCUGCUCCAACUUGAGAUUCUUAAUGAGAAAUUUCGACGACGAUCAGCGCAGAAGAAUAGUGGUUUAUCACUUUCCGUUUGUUUAGUUUUGAUGAAAAUUUUAGUUAGACAAAAUCAGUUUCCAUUAACGUUUAAGUGUUAGUUAUGAGGAUUGCACGUACGUCAACAACUGUUUUCGUUUCCUUCUUGUUUAGUGUGAUUAUCGCUUUGCAGCAAAAUAUUUAUUUUUAGUUCAAAUUUGUUUGUUUUAAGCUAAUUAUGGGUAACUUAAUUUUUAAUACUAGUUAGUAUUAUUGUAGCAGCAGUGUGUACAUUUUGUGUAUUUUAUGUUUGAAUGUUAUGUAGAUAAAUCACUUGCACUUCAAUUGCGUUUUUAUUAUCAAAUCACAACUUAUUUAACUGAGCGCAACUGAAGUGAAACUGAGGAAAUCGAAACUUCCGAAUCAUUGGACGGCAAUCCAAUCGUAACAGCGUAACUAUGAACUAUAUUAAAAGUCUAUGUAUUUGUGCACUAAGUGCAGACCUCCAAGCGAGAACUAAUUCUACACAUACUCUGAUUGUUGUCAGUUUUACAAGAGUUCGUUUGGACAUCCGUGCAGCCAACUGUAUGUAGAAUGAAAUUCACUAGAUAAGACGAUUAGUUGUAUAAACUGUUGUUUACCAUCGGUUGCAAAUCAAAAGUUUCGAAACGAAUAAUUGUAGGAUGGAUGAUGGUUUCAUUGAAGGAAGCAAGAAACAUCAACUCAGAUCAGGUAGAUGUUACAAAAUGGUGAAUAUAAAAGAGGUGACGGAUAGAUAAGUAGGAAAGUAACCGACAGAAAGUGACACGUACCGGAAUGUUUUGUGCAAUCGGCUUUAACUCAAAUUUAAUUAGUUAUAUUUUUUAUCUCUAAACUUAGACCAACUGCAUACAUACAAGUUUUGAUUGACACUUUGUCGGAUAAUUAGUUUGGUAAAUUAGUCAAACAAACCCCCAUUUGUCGAUAUAUGAAAGCGAAGUAAAACAUGGUUUAGCAAGCACUACUUGCCUGUACAUUCUGUGUAGAUGGUUUAUGAGAGCUGAGUUAGAAACAAAAUACACGAAAUACAAGAAAAUGUGAUUUUCGCUUAAUAUACAACACUUUAUUGAUCAAAGGCAUACAUGAAUAAUAUUUGAUGACUAACGUGAGAAAAAAAACUGACGGUGGAAGGAGAGAAAAUAGAGAAAAGUAUAUUAUUAUGUAGAGUAGAAUAAAAACUCAACAUUGAAUGAUGAAAAUUA